CAUGUUAUGUUGUUAUGUCCGCCGACGGCCGCGCGCGCGCCGAUACGACCCGAUACGAAUUGAAUGAACGAAGUGAAUACGAAGUGCAAGUGAAGUGCGAGUGUGAGUGAAAAGUGUUCGGAUAUAGUGAAGUGUUCACUGGUGUUGUGAUGCGCCACCAUGCCUGGUCCAGCUGUUAAGGACCUGGACUCCGUCAUCCCCCACGGACCUGCCAGCUACGAGGAGGUCCUGGCUACUGCUGAACCAGGAGAGACAAUAGCAACUACCAAAGAAGAGGAAUGGGUUACCAAGAAGACAAGUGAAGUUACCACAACCCGACAGAUAGCUACUAGAGUCAAGCGCGAGUUGCUGCUAGAAGAUGGCAGAAUACUCCAAGACUCGGGGCCCAAGAUCUCAACUUCUGUCAACGAGGAUACACACACAACGAACUUGCUACAAACUGAGCAUCGAGUACCUGAAAACCAAAAAGAGAAUGAGAAGGCAGUCGCCGGCGAGAUCGCAGACGCACCUGAUGCGCUCGACGCAUCCAUAGACGGCGUGAUCGCGCCUGUCGACGCUAAGGUGCUGGUGUCGUCGAAAGUCGUCGCCAACCCCGACGGCAAAGUGAGAGAGAAGAAGGAGAGGAAGGUCCUCACGCGCAACGUCACGGAGAGAGUCAAGGAGACGGAGGAGAGAAUACACAAAGGCGACACUACGCAUGAUGCUCUGAUAACAGCAGUCAACGAGACGAGUGAGGAUGACAUCCGCGACGCCCUGAGGGCGCAGACGGAGCAGCAGCUCGCCCUCGUGCCCCUAGGGCCCGUGCUCGUCAAGGACACCAUCGCCUUCAAUACCACUGUCACUACUGAUGACACGGAGGAGCUGCGGGCGCUGCGUGCGGACGGCACGCUGGUGACGGAGACCAGGCACACCACGGAGCAGGAGAAACUGUGCGACGAGCAGCUGCCAGACGACGAGGCAAAGUCUCUACCGAGCGACAAGAGUGUGGUAGAAGAGAAGAGCGGGAGGGAGAGGAGGAAGCGAGUGGAGUUGGAGAAGACCACCGACCUCAUGGCGGGCGGGCUACGCGUCGCCACGCAGAUACACUCGCGUACGCGGACUGAGGAGGUUGAAAGAGAAGGCCAACCUAACAUGGACGAGGACUGGGACAGCCUAUCCGUGCGGAUGCGACGACAGCGCCGUCUGCGGCAGAAUGAACACGAGAAAGACUACGCGGCGAGGCCCCUGGACUUCGACAUAGAGGAGGAGACCCGCAAGAAGGAGACGUCCAAGUGGCUGGAGAGCCACUUCGGCAGCGACUCCCGCUCCUCGCACGACUCCAUCGCCGAGGAGAUCGGUCGCCGCCCUGACUACAAGAAGCCCGACGACGAGGGCUACUACGGCAAGACCCGGCCCUACGGCGACCGCGUCCUCCGCAAGACCAAGUCGUCCACGCCGUCCGACGAGAGACCGGAGCCGGGGAACCGGACGGGUGGAUACUUCAAAGGAGUGGCCGACUGGUCCCAGCGGCGCGCGACUAAGCCCAGGAUGCCGGAGCCCCGCAGCACGUCCCCGUCCCCGCCCGCCGCCCGCUCGCCCUACGCCAGCGACGAUCGCCUCAAUGGAUCCUCGCCCCGACACAUCUACAAGCGGGACUCGCCCCAGGGUCGGACUUCCCCGAUCCUUCGUCGCCAACCUCCCUCGCGCGAUGACUCGGCGUACGUAUCGUCGUCGACCAUGCACAGCCCGCCGCGGGGCUCGCCGUUCAGACCAGUCGAGGGCGACCGCUACCGGGAGCCGUCGGUCGAGGACGAGUAUCGGCCGCCGGUCGCGCCCGAACGGAAGAGGGUGUCCAAGCAGCGGAAGUCCGAGGAGAUCCGCUACGAGAAUAGAAGCUCGUCCAGGAACGGCACGUCCCGGGACAGUCGCGAGGUGGUCGAGCCGCCGCCGGACUACUCCCCGCCGCGGGAGCGCCGAGGCAGCUCCGACCGGGAGCGGACGCCGCCGCGACGCCGAGAAAGGGACGAGAGGAAGCAGCACCAGAAGACGAGGUUCGCCGACAACGGCCGACGCCCGUCGCCAGCGCGGAAGGGCGUGGGGUCGGCGAUCGGGAACUCCAUAAGGAAGUUAGUCGGCAAGAUCCGAUCGGCGUCGGCGGAGAGGAAGGCGCGGUGGCGCAGCAGGACCCCCUCGCCGGAGCACUCGUCGCGCACGUACCGGCAGUACGGGGGGGAGCUGGCCCCUCCGGCCGCGCCCCCCGCGGCGCCCCCGCACCGCUACUACCUCGGCGAGGACCCCUUCGCGCCCAGCAUCUACGGCCGCGAGCACAAGUACGAGGGCAGUGCGAGGCGCGCGCCCGCCACAGCUGACAGCCGCGAUCACCGCGACAGGGGCCAGUACUCCAGCACACUCGGGCGAUUCAGUCACUCCACGAGCAGAUUGAACCUCAAUAGCGAGCCGGAGGAGGACUACUCCCGCAGCGCACAGACCCUGCCGAGGAAACUCCACGAGAGGAAGGAGAAGCCCACCGAGAAACAGAACUCCAAAUACUGGCACCGGCUCACGCCCAACAAGCGGUCGACAAGCGCCAUCAACAUCUCCAACAAGCCAUCCACAUCCCCAGAGCGUAAAAUUAACGGGUAUCCUCCCGGCCCCGCGAAACCGGCCCGGACGUAUAAAGGCCUUAACCGAAGCAAGAGCUUUGCCAUGGGAGCACCGGAACAGGACACCCACCCACGCUACGUCCCCGGCGUCAGCCGCAACUACUCCACCAUGUACAAGUCCAACCCCCACCUCAGCAAGCUGGACGAGAACGAGCAGCUCAAGAGCCCGGGCAUCGUCUCCAUCAUCAACCGCAGCCAGCGGGAUUUAGCCGACGCCGUGUCGAGGGAGACCGAGCGCCGGCGCGACGGGCUGUUUGGGGCGAGGUACGGCAAGACCGCCCCCCUCGCCAACGGCCACACCAACGGCUACAAGUAUGAGGAGACGGAUAAGAAGAAGAUGUUUCUCAAGGGCCUGAGGGAGCGCGCGCCCGAGCUGUACCAGACCCUGCACGCCGAGGACGAGUCCGAUGGCAGCAGGCUGUCCUCCCGCUACAACACCCCGUCCCCGCACUACAAGGACCGGAUAUCGGAGGAGCGCCGGACGCCGCUCUACAAGACCGACUCGCUCAACAGAGAAUCUAGUCCGUUCGUCUCGAGGUUGGAGACCAGGCUCAAGGCUCCCGCGAACAGGAGGGAGAGCAACAGCAGCGACAACUACUCCGAAACGUACAGAUACACCACGCGGUCCGGCGACCCGGAGCGGCCGAGCGUCACCGACACGGUGGAGACCGUCAGCAAGAAGGUCAUCCCCUCCCGUGAUGGGCGGUCCAAGGAGGUCAUAGAAUCGAGGGAGGUGAACUCGGUGACCAAGAGUCGCGGGUACAAGGAGCCCGUCGCGAGCGUCAAGUACUACGACAAUGGAGUUCGUCCCCUAGCGUACGAGAGCCGAAACGGCACGGCCCCGCUUUACUCCGAGCGGAGACGGCACAACUACAAGGUGACAGAGAAACUCAGAGAUUACUGAGUAGCGUGUAAAGUUUUCGUUUGCCAUAUUCAAAUAUACCUUAUUCUUUGAGUCAUAUAGACUGAAAUUGAGGAGCACUAGACGUAAGCUAUCGUAGACUACAUUCGUUAACUCCCGUUAAUAAAAUGUAUGUUGCUUCAUGUAAAAAGUCAUAAUUUUAUUAAUUUUAUUCCAAGUGAUUUAACUCCGUCCGAUAUAGAAUUUUCAUUAACUUGUUACUUGUCAAUAAUUUUGUAACUUUUAUAAUAAUCUAAUGUAAGUUAAUUUUUAUAAUGUAUCCGAAAAAUAUAAUAUUAAUACGCACUAAGAUGGCCGUUUUAUUGCAGUUUUUGUUAAUUUAGGACCUGUUUC